GAGGAGGAGGAGGAGGAGGAGGAGGGGAGGCCAGCCGGCUGCCCCGGCCGGCUGCUUGCCCCGGCCGGCCGCGCCUGCGCCCGGCCGCGGAGUGCGGUCACGGGAAGGGGACGGGGGCGGCCCCAGUCCGGCAUGGGCCUGGCCGGAGGUGGUCCGCUGGCGUCCCCCGCAGAGCGCAGGGAGGGCCUGGGCGACGGAAGCGGCGGGCAUGUCGCUGGGCAGCGGGGAGGUGUCGGGGGCGGCGGGGAGGGGCGCGGAGGCGGUGGGGAGUGCGGCCCCUGA